AUGCGACGCUUUUCCACGCGCGCGUUGCUUCAAGCAAAGCCACCGCUUCUCUCCGCCAGAUCUCCCCUCCCCAUCUUUCUCUCCGCCCCUCGUUCAGCUCCGGCCAGAUCGACUAUUCGCCCUCGUCCCCGUUAUACCCUCUCCCAGACUUCCAAGAGAUACUGCUCUUACCGCAGAAUGUGUGGCUCACGACGCGGUGAGGUCUCCGGCUCGACCAAUGUCCAGGGCCGUGAGGUCCUGCCCACCAAUGUCAAGCCGGUGCAUUACGACUUGACACUCGAGCCGAACUUUGAGAAAUUCACCUACGAUGGAACCGUUGUCAUUGACCUCCAGGUCAACGAGGACACCGACUUUAUCUCCCUCAACUCCAACCAAAUCGAUAUUCACAGCGCAGUUGUCUCUUCAAAGGGCACAGUAGUGGAAUCCAAGCCUGAUAUCUCGAUCAACAAGAAUAACCAGGUCGCUACCAUCAAGUUCAACCAGGCCAUCUCCGCUGGCUCGGACGCCCAGCUGAAGCUCACCUUCACCGGUAUUUUGAACGACAACAUGGCCGGAUUCUACCGUUCAUCAUACAAGGUCAAUGGUGAGACCAAGUAUAUUGCCUCGACCCAGAUGGAGCCUACUGACUGCCGUCGUGCUUUCCCUUGCUUUGACGAGCCCGCUCUCAAGGCCAAGUUCACCGUCACUCUAGUGGCCGAUAAGAGCAUGACCUGCCUGAGCAACAUGGACGUUGAAUCAGAGACUGAUGUCCAGGGAGGCGCAAAGAAGGCCGUCAAGUUCGGCACUUCGCCUGAUAUGUCCACCUAUCUUGUUGCUUUCAUUGUGGGUCACCUCAACUACAUCGAGACUAAGAACUUCCGCGUCCCCAUCCGUGUCUACGCUACGCCUGACCAGGAUAUCGAGCACGGCCGUUUCUCCCUGGAGCUUGCUGCCAGGACCCUCGCUUUCUACGAGAAGGCCUUCGAUAACGAGUUCCCUCUGCCGAAGAUGGACAUGGUGGCAGUGCCCGACUUCAGCGCAGGAGCCAUGGAGAACUGGGGUUUGAUUACCUACCGUAUUGUUGAUGUUCUGCUGGAUGAGAAGACCAGCGGUGCUUCGCGUAAGGAGCGUAUCGCAGAGACUGUGCAGCACGAGUUGGCUCACCAGUGGUUCGGUAACUUGGUUACCAUGGACUUCUGGGAUGGCCUCUGGCUCAACGAGGGCUUCGCCACCUGGAUGUCCUGGUACUCUUGCAACGAAUUCUACCCCGAGUGGAAGGUCUGGCAGACUUACGUGAUCGAUAACCUGCAGAGUGCUCUUUCUCUCGACUCGCUGCGCAGCAGUCACCCCGUUGAGGUUCCUGUCAAGCGUGCCGACGAGAUCAAUCAGAUUUUCGAUGCUAUCUCCUACUCCAAGGGCUCUUCCGUUCUGCGCAUGAUCUCCAAGUACCUCGGUGAGGAUGUCUUCCUCCAGGGUGUUCGCAACUACAUCAAGAAGCACGCCUACGGCAACACCGAGACUGGUGAUCUGUGGGCUGCGCUGGCUGAUGCUAGUGGCAAGCCCGUCCAGGAGGUCAUGGAUAUCUGGACCAAGAAUGUUGGUUUCCCUGUCAUCAGUGUGACCGAGAACCCUGCCUCUUCUUCCAUCAGCGUGAAGCAGAACCGCUUCCUGCGCACCGGUGACGUGAAGCCCGAGGAGGACAAAGUUCUUUACCCCUGCAUGCUUGGUCUUCGUACCAAGGAUGGUGUCGAUGAGAACACCAUGCUGUCGGAGCGUGAGAAAGAAUUCAAGGUUCCCGACCUGGACUUCUUCAAGCUCAACGCUGAUCACUCCGCUAUCUACCGUACCUCCUACUCUCCCGAGCGCCUUACCAAACUUGGAAAGGCCGCUCGUGAUGGUCUCCUGUCCGUCGAGGACCGUGCCGGUAUGAUUGCUGACUCUGGUGCUCUUGCCGCCUCCGGCUUCCAGAAGACCUCUGGCAUGUUGUCCCUGCUCCAGGGCCUGGACACCGAGUCUGAGUUCAUUGUGUGGAACGAAAUCCUCACCCGUAUUGGCACUCUCCGCGCCGCCUGGAUCUUCGAAAAUGAUCAGAGCAAGGCCGCUCUCAAGGCCUUCCAGCGCUCGCUGGUGAGCGCCAAGGCUCACAAGCUCGGCUGGGACUUCUCCGAGAAGGAUGGCCACAUUCUGCAGCAGUUCAAGGCCCUCAUGUUUGGCUCCGCCGGUAUGGCCGAGGACCCCGUCGUAAUCAAGGCUGCCCAGGACAUGUUCGCCCGCUUCGCUGCUGGCGACAUCGCCGCUAUCCACCCCAACAUCCGCGGCAGUGUUUUCACCAUUGUGCUCAAGCACGGUGGCCUCAAGGAGUACGAGGUCGUUUACGACCGAUUCCGCAACGCCCCAACCUCCGAUGAGAAGACAACUGCUCUCCGCUGCCUCGGUACUGCUGAGGAUCCUGAGCUCAUCAAGCGCACCCUCGGCCUUGCCACGAGUGACGAGGUCAAGAACCAGGACAUUUACAUGCCCCUUAGCGGUCUCCGCAACCACCCCUCAGGUAUCGAGGCCCGUUGGACCUGGCUCAAGGAGAACUGGGACGAGAUCUUCAAGCGUCUUCCUCCCUCUCUCGGCAUGCUGGGCACUGUUGUUCAGCUGACUACCUCCAGCUUCUGUACUGAGGCUCAGCUCAAGGAUGUCACGGACUUCUUCGCCGCCAAGGAUACAAAGGGCUACGACCGUGCUGUUGAACAGAGCCUCGACGCCAUUCGCGCCAAGGUCAACUGGCUCAAACGCGAUCGCGAGGAUGUUGAGAACUGGCUCGCCAAGAACCAGUACCUCCAGAGCAAGCUGUAA